ACGUUAUCACCAAUCCCACCGUUGGAUCUCGAUCCAUCCAUCCUUUGUCAACCUUUCCAAAAAGUCUUUCCUUAAAAAGUGCUUUUCCAAACUUCUUCUUCCUUCCUCCUUCUCUCUCUCACCCUUUCUCCCCCACUCCCUAGUCAGCUAGCUCCUGCAACAACAACCACUCCUCUUCUUUUUCUCACCCAAAUCCUCGCUUCCCUUACACCGCGUUUGGAUCUCUGUUAUACAAACUCAUUAAAAUGUUGCGAGAGAAAAACAAAACAGAAAAAAAAUUCAGUUAAUUAUUAAAUUUUAUUAUGGCUUUCCACGACCAUCUCCAGCACGAGAUAGCGUUCCAGCGUUUCACGGAGGAGCAAGAGUUGAACGAGAAUAGAGACAUGCAGCAGAGGCUCCCACCUCCGACAUGGCUCAACAACGUUAACGUCAACGCGCGUCAACAGAAUUUCCUCGACAGCGAGAAGAGCGUGGAUCGGAACCGAAGCGAGAGCAAUUGCGAAUCCGAGGAUUUGAGGGAAUACAAAGCGGACAUUCUAGGACACCCUCUCUACGAUCAACUGCUAUCGGCGCACGUGUCGUGCCUCAGAAUCGCUACGCCCGUGGACCAGCUUCCUAGGAUCGACGCCCAGCUUCAGCAGUCGCAGCGCGUGGUUGAAAAGUACUCUGCACUUGCACACAACGGGGUCGUCGAUGAGAAGGAGCUUGAUCAGUUCAUGACCCAUUAUGUUCUGUUGCUCUGUGCCUUUAAAGAACAACUGCAGCAGCAUGUCCGUGUUCAUGCCAUGGAGGCAGUGAUGGCUUGUUGGGAUCUGGAGCAGUCUCUGCAAAGCUUGACAGGUGUAUCUCCUGGUGAAGGAACGGGUGCAACAAUGUCAGACGAUGAAGAUGACCAGGCAGAGAGCAAUGCCAACUUAUACGAAGGAAGCCUUGAUGGGGGUGAAACUCUUGGAUUUGGUCCUCUUGUCCCCACUGAAAGUGAAAGAUCUUUGAUGGAGAGAGUGAGGCAUGAAUUGAAGCAUGAACUAAAACAGGGUUACAAGGAGAAGAUUGUGGACAUAAGAGAAGAAAUUCUACGAAAGAGACGAGCAGGGAAACUUCCAGGGGACACCACAUCCCUUUUGAAAGCUUGGUGGCAGUCACAUUCUAAAUGGCCUUACCCCACUGAGGAAGACAAGGCUAGGUUGGUGCAGGAAACAGGCUUGCAAUUAAAGCAGAUAAAUAAUUGGUUCAUAAAUCAGAGGAAAAGGAACUGGCAUACUAAUAACCCCUCAUCCUCUAGUAACUCCAAAAGCAAGCGCAAGAGUAGUGCAGGAGAAACCAGUAACCAGAGCUUCAUGUGAACGGUCGCAUAUUUUGAGCAAAAAUUAUUGGUAUUGUUCUUCCUUUUAAUGCAUACUCGUGGGAUUCAUAGAUCUUACGGUCCAGCGUGAACGUGAUGGAUUCUGGAUGUAAAGGGAAAUUCAUGAUAAAAUCACUGUAUUGGUUGAAUUACAGAAAAUUAACCCUGGUAUUGUUGUAUAUGAGGCUGCUGCAUGCCGCUUGAUAUCUGAUACUGAAUAUUGAUGCAGGCACAGUCUAUUCGAUUUAAUGGGUAGCAUGCUGAUACGUACAUAUAAAUUUUUCUACUUAUUUUUUAAAAAAAUAUGGAUCCAAUUAGUGUA